GUGGACACUUCGGAAGAAGCCACACUGAGAUAAUCUGGACUUCCAGGAUAAAAACAUGAGAAGAAAAGCUCCUCAUUCCCCAUAAUCUGCUAGUGGGAUUAAUGUAUAAGCCACGAAUGGAGGAGGACACCAUGACUACCGCAAUGAUCAGCAAACUUGAUGAAAAUGGAACCUACUCUGCACUUCUCAGGCAAACUAAGGAAUGCCAUGUGGAUUCUGAGUUCAGAUAUCUACUGUUUACCAUCUACUACAGCAUCAUUUUCAUUCUGGGCUUUGUAGCGAACACCUAUGUGCUGUGGCUUUUCACUCGGCUUUACGCUAAGAAGAAAUUAAAUGAAAUAAAAAUAUUCAUAGUCAACUUAACAACUGCUGACUUGCUUUUCCUGGUUACAUUGCCAACAUGGAUUGUUUACUACAACAACAAAGGGAAUUGGAUCAUGCCCAGUUUUCUGUGUAAUAUAGCUGGCUACUUAUUUUUCGUCAAUACGUACUGCUCUGUGGCAUUCCUGGGAGUAAUAACAUACAAUCGUUACCAAGCCGUCACAAAGCCCAUUUCAACCGUUCAAUCCAGCACACGAAGAAGAGGAAUUUAUGUUACAUUGGCUAUCUGGGUCCUAAUAGGUGUUCCUUCCAUCUAUUUUUUAGUUGAUAAUGGCACAACCGCUGAGGGGCACCUGACUCGGUGUUUUGAGCGCUAUGACACCAGCGGUAAUACAACUCCUAUUCUUGCCUUCCAUGUGGUUAUUUGUAUUUGUUUCUUUGUUGCUUUCCUGCUUGUCUUGGUAUGCAAUGCUUUCAUUAUCCGGACAUUGAUGUCAAAAUCACUGCAAAGUCGGAGGAGCGCCCGUGUCAGGCAACGGGCCCUUUGGCUAGUGACCACAGUUCUGACUGUCUUCAUUCUCUGUUUUGUGCCUCACCACUUGGUGGAUCUACCUUGGACUUUGAUGGUUCUGAAGAAGUGGGACAUAAGCUGCCAAAGGCAAAAAAUAUUAAAUGAUAUCCACCAGGUUACCCUUGUUCUUCUGGGUGCCAACUGUGUCUUGGAUCCUAUCAUUUAUUGUUUUCUCACAAAAAAAUUCAGGAAACAUCUUUCUGAAAAUUUGAAAAACAUAAAAGACAGUCGAAAAUGUUCCAGGCAAACAACUGACACUGUAAUGGAGGGGAUGGUACAAUUAGACAAUUGUUUGCCUGCAUCCCCCAAACCUUAAAAGUAUUUUGAAUGCAACGUGCAGGAAGGUAUUUCUGGAACAGCAAAAAAAUGCCAAAGAACAUACAUUUGGUUAUAAUUUGCAUAUGUUAAAGGACAAGCAUAUACUGCAUAUAAAUUAGGGAAUACAAUAUGUUUCCUUACAAAGAGCAAAGAUUAUAAUCGGGAGCUUUGUGUGUCUCUUUGAUUUGCUGCCCAGAUGUCCAGCUUCUGGGAGUCUACUUUUCAUACUUAAGGAAAUGGACUGAACAUCUACACUGGCAGACCUUCUGAUUGAAAAUUGUAAAGCGGAAUGAAAUGGUGACUUUCUUACAGAAGAGCAAGAUUUACUUUUCAGUAUCAAGUAAAAGCUAAUGACUAGCAAGGCUUCUUGGCAAUUUAGGGUUGCAACUCUUGUCUAAAAACAGUAAGAGCUGGAGGCCACGUAACACAAAGGCAAGAACUCUGAAAGGAGACACCAUAUCUCAAAGGAGACGACUUUGGGUAUUUGGGAAAUAAUGUGUGAAUCUCUUAUUUGAAAGCUGGAUAAGACAUUGUUGCAGUUGUGAUGCAAUAUAUAUUUGAUAAUCAGUAUUUUUUUUCAUCCUGAGAUACUUCUAAACUAUAGGAUUCCUUUCCAUCAAACAUUCUGUUCUCAUGGAUAUACUCUUUCUUUUGCUCUUUUGCCAUUCCUUCCUAUCAAGAAAGGCUGAGAGAUACAAACCAAAACUUACAGACUACUUAACACUCAGGGGUUAGUCAAGAAUCCACCUGUAGAUUUAGAAGUUGAGAUAGGAAACAAGACGACCUAUCUUGAAACAAGCCUG